GAAUAAGAAAUAAUUCGCGAAUAACUUAUCCCAAAAUAUCUAAUUUAAACACGACAAUCUGUACAGUACUAUUUCUUAGAGAGAUAUUGGAGUCUAUGACUACCACACAUAUUUUUUUUUCACAGUUUGAAUUAUUGUAUACUAUCAAUUAUUGUCCUUUUAAUUUGGUGCCAUAAACAAGUAGCAAAAGAAGACUUUAGUGCUGAGGAAGAAGACUGACUUUGUGAAGCUAAGGAGCAAACGCAACAAUGGCCGAUCCUGUUAUUGGUGCUACUGUUCAAGUUUUGCUUGAGAAGCUGCUUUCUCUCUCUAUUGAGGAGGUCAAAACAUUAAGGAACUGCAAGAAAAAUCUCUCAAAGCUGACAAAACAUGUAACCAUGAUACAAGCUUACACGCAUGAUGCUGAAACACGACAAGUCGAAGAUAAUCAGGCUGUGGAAGAAUGGCUUAAGAUGCUUGAGAAAAUUGCUGAAGAUGCUGAAAAUGUGUUUGACAAAUUCACAUAUGUAUCUAUCAAAGCACGAGUGAUGAAAAACCAAAUGAAACUGAUGGAGAAGGUUAGUCACUUCUUUUCUCAGACUGUUUUCAAGUACAAAAUGUCUAGAAAAAUCAAUGACAUCAAUGAAGAGUUGAGGGCUAUCAAUGAGUUAGCCAAUAACCUCGGUCUCCAAUUACUGACUGUUCCUUCUCGCAAAAUACCACAAAUCCGAGAAACAGAUUCCUCUGCUUCGUAUGUUGUUGGUAGAGACAAAGAUGUUGCUGAAGUGAAGGAGAAGAUUUUGAACAUGAGAAAGGAUGUUGUUCUGUGCACCAUUCCCAUUGUGGGUAUGGGGGGUUUAGGGAAAACUACUCUGGUAAAGAGAAUUUUCAAUGACGUAGAGAUUGAAAAACACUUCGUAAAGAGAGUUUGGUUGUGUCUACCUGAAAUGUCAGACGCUAAGAGCUUUCUUGAACUGAUCCUCCAUUCAUUGACAGGGCAGAAACUUGAGCUCCAGAGUAGAGAUAUAAUAGUCAAGAAGCUACAAGAUGCAUUGGGAGAAAAAAGGUAUUUGCUUGUCCUGGAUGAUUUGUGGCGUGUUGGAUCUACACAUUGGUAUGAGUUCAUGGACACCUUAAAAGGAAUCAAUACAUCCAGAGGAAACUGCAUUCUCGUGACUACUCGUAUGAAGCAGGUGGCAUCCAUAGUAGCUGCAGAUCUUCAUAUGUUGGGGAAAUUAGCAGAUGAUCAUUGUUUGUCCAUUUUCAAACAAAGAGCAUUUGUUGAUGGGGAAGUUCCGCAGGAAAUACUGAGCAUGGAGAAAAAGAUAGUUGAACUAUGUCAAGGUCUACCGUUGGCUGCAAGUGUUUUGGGAUGCCUCUUAUGCAACAAGGAAAAACAUGAAUGGCAGGCAAUUCUUGUUGCAGGUGAAGAUGAUAAUGGGGAAAAUAGCUUAAAGAAAAUCCUAAAACUAAGCUAUGAUUAUCUACCAUCUCCACAUCUGAAAAAGUGUUUUGCUUACUUUGCCAUGUUUCCAAAAGAUUUUGAGUUUGAGAAGGACCAACUAAUCCAACUCUGGAUGGCAGAAGGCUUUCUUCGUCCAUGUCAAGAGACCCCUGUGAUGGAAGACGUUGGGAUCAAGUUUUUCCAACUCUUGUUCCAAUAUUCCUUGCUGCAAGAUGUUAAGCUAGAUGAAUACAACAAUAUCACACACUGUAAGAUGCAUGAUCUUGUGCAUGAUUUGGCUGGAGAUAUUUUGAAGUCUAAACUAUUUGAUAAAAAGAGUGUUGAAGGUGAAAAUCUUUCUCAAGUUCGAUACUUUGGAUGGGACUCACCAAGUGAUCAAAUAGAUAAGAUAAGCGAGCCAGGACGUUUGUGCACAUUGUUCUGGGAAAGCAAUAUAUCUGAUGAUAUGCUAUUGAGCUUUCAGUUCUUGAGAGUUUUAAAUUUGUCCGCAUCAGGCAUCAAGGAGUUGUCAGCCAAAAUCAGCAAGCUAAUAUUCUUGAGAUAUCUUGAUAUCUCCGACACUCGUAUCGAAGACUUCCCCGACUCCAUUUGCAAGCUCUACAAUUUGCAAACAUUUAGAGUCAAUGACUGUUCUUCACUCAGAAAGCUUCCAGAAGAAAUGGCAAAUAUGAUAAGUUUGAGACACAUAUAUUGCAAUGGAUCAGAUAUGCAGACGCCACUUAAUAUGGGGCAAUUGACCAGUCUUCAGACGCUACGGGUUUUUUACAUAGGUUCAGAGAAAGGUCGUCGGAUAAAAGAAUUAGGUCGUUUGAAAAACCUUAGAGGUAAAUUGACGAUCAAUCAUCUCCAAUUAGUCAGAAAUAAAGAAGAGGCCCAAACAGCAAAUUUACAGGAGAAACCCAAUAUCUACAAGCUGGUGUAUUCAUGGUCCCAUGAUGAAUCAGAAGGCUGUGAGAUCAAUGAUGAGCAUGUGUUGGAUGGUCUUCAACCGCAUCCUAACUUGAAAGCCUUAUCAGUAGUGGACUAUUUAGGGACUAAACUUCCCUCAUGGUUCAGUGAGGAGUUGCUACCAAAUUUGGUCAAGUUGAAAUUAAGUGGUUGUAAAAGGUGCACAGAAAUUCCAUCCCUUGGCCAACUGAAAUUCCUUCGACAUCUUGAGCUGGUAGGAUUCCAUGAGUUGAAAUGCAUUGGACCUGCUUUAUAUGGUGUUGAGAUUAGCAAUAUUGGAUCAAGCAGCAUUAUCCAAGUGUUCCCUUCAUUGAAAGAACUAGUAUUGGAGGAUAUGCGUAGCCUUAUUGAGUGGAAGGGAGAUGAAGUUGGAGUAAGAAUGUUUCUUAGGCUUGAGAAGUUGCGCAUUAGUAACUGUCCAUUGUUAAAAAGUACUCCAAGUCAAUUUGAAAUCCUCCAUGAAUUAAUAAUUGAAGGAGUUGACAGUGAAAUGCCAUUGUUGAACUUGUGCAGCAACUUGAUAUCUCUUGUGAAGCUUGAUGUUGAUAAUGUGAAAGAGCUCACUUGUCUUUCAGAUGUUAUGCUACGCAACAAUGUUUCUCUUCAAUACAUAUCGGUCGUCGACUGUGGAGAGUUUCGUGAAUUUCCACAAAGCCUGUACAAUCUCCAUUCUCUUGAGAGCUUACGAAUACAACACUGCCCCAAUUUCAGUUCUUUUAUUGUUCCCUGUGGAGAGAACUACUUGACUUCCCUCCAAAAUUUUGAGUUACAAGGGUGUAAUGGAUUGACCAGUUUACCAAGUGGAAUGCUAGAGCAAUGCCGGUCUCUAAAGAAUUUGUCGGUCAGCUGGUGUGACAACUUAGUUUCCUUCCCUUUACAUGAGUGCGAAAUGCCUUCACUUUCAUGGUUGGAUAUAUCACAAUGUCCCAAAUUGAUUAGUGUAUCAACAGGGUGCCUGCACCGUCUCACUGGGUUAAUUGUAUUGGGAAUUGGUCCUUUCUCAGAGAAGGUGGAUUUUGAGGUAUUCCAAUUGAUUUUUAGUGGUGUUCAACAGCUGUUUUCUCUUCGUUCUUUGUGGGUGUACGGACAUUUGCACUGGGAUUCUCUGCCCUAUCAGAUUAUGCAACUCUCUGCCCUAAAAAAUCUCUCUAUAGAUGAUUUCGGAAUCGAGGCUCUUCCUCAUAGAUUUGACAACCUUACAUCUCUUGAAACAUUAUCGCUAAAGAGGUGCAAACGGCUAAGACAUGUGGACUUCUCAGAUGCCAUAACCAAAUUACGGAAUCUGUGGAUACAGGAUUGUCCAUUAUUAGAAGCUCUGUCGGAUGGGCUCGGCAACCUUGCUUCUUUGGAACAGUUACUUAUUUUGAAUUGCAAAAAACUAGAGCAUCUGCCAUCCAGAGAUGCCAUGCGACGCCUCACCAAAUUAAGGAUCCUGCAUAUUGUUGGCUGCCCACAGUUAGGAGAAAGCUGCACCAAACAGAGUGGUCCUAACUCCCAGUGGUCCAAAAUUUCCCAUAUUCCAGAUAUUGAAGUAGGUUUCUGCUAUUUCAUUUGACUGAUAAAUUCUGAUAUCUAUUCGAUCUCAUCGGGACUUGGUAUUUAACUUUGUAUGAAAUCGUUCACGUCUGACCCUCACCUCUCCCAACCUGUACGAAAUAAGAAGAAUCUCAGUAUUUUCAUAUCUAUUCAGGUGCGUUCAUGAAGAUAACGGAAGCAAUGGCUCGACUUAUUGGUGAAACGCUAGAGAGAUGAGCCGGUGAGUGUGGUUGCAUCUUGCACGAAGCUUGAAAGUUCAAGGAUAAUUUCUCCGUUGAUAUUAACUUUCGCGAUUGAAGUUCUUCAACAAAGAUAGCUGUCAUGAAUCAUAUAGUAUCAAUGAGCCGCUCAUUGGCUCUUACAAUGUCCUCAGCAGUAUCUGUUCAUCUUGAUAGGUCUUGAUUUCUCCUAAAAUCUCCUUUUUUUUAUUGUACUUGUAAUAGUCUGCUUUUCCAUUCUCCUAGGAGGAAACGUGUUCUAAAACUAACUUUUUACCAUUUCCCGCGCUUCAGAUUCAUGUUUGAAACACCAGCAUUGACCUUGUCGAAAUGCUACUUCUGUUAGAUGUGUUUCUGUUUCAUCGUUGGCAAGGGGAAACUGCAUUCCAUAAACUUAUUUCCCUUAAAGUACCCUAAAAGGGCCAUGUCGUCAUGAGUGAUUAAGUUUGUUGCACAUGUAUUAUGAUAAACAGUUGAGCUUUUCGCGUCUAUUGAAGUGAGAGUCCAAUGGUAACGC